AUGAUUCUGGCAAGGCUUGCCGGGAUCCAAGUUUUUGGCACCGGUGGACUUGGUGGCGUGCACCGUGGGGGGCAUGAAUCGCUUGAUAUCUCUGCCGAUCUUACUGAGCUUGGUAGAACGAGGAUGGCGGUCAUCAGCAGCGGCUGUAAAGGAUUCCUGGAUAUUCCUAGGACCCUAGAGUACCUGGAAACUCAGGGAGUGCUCGUGUCAACUUUCUCGGACGGUCGAACUGGUGCUGUGGAUUUCCCAGCAUUCUGGGCAAGGGAUAGUGGUAUCAAAAGCCCAUUCGUUGUGCAGGAUGAGAAACAGGCCGCUGCUAUGAUAUUGGCGCAAGAGAAACUAGGUAUUGAAUCAGGACUGCUGUUUGCAAAUCCGAUACCUGAAGAAUUUUCCAUCCCUCGAGAUGAGAUGAACGCGGUUAUUGAGCAGGCAGUUAGCGAAUCGACACAGCAGGGCGCUUUCGGCAGCGAAAAUACGCCCUUCAUCUUGAGGAAGAUCAGGGAGCUUACAGGCGAGAGAAGCGUGUUGGCGAAUAAAGUACUGGUACAAGCAAAUGUAGAGCGAGCUGCUAAGAUAGCUGUUGCGCUCUCACAGCUUACUGCGGGCGAAUCUGUACAGUCUCAUACAUCGAUGAAGAAGAAAAGCGGAUUUAUUGCCCUUGAGAGCAAGAUCAAUCCAUAUGACGAAAUACAAAGAGAAACUGAGACCACCUCUCAAGCAGAUAUAUUAGUCGCCGGCUCUGUGGCAAUAGACCUAAGCUGUGACUAUGUAGGCGAAGACUCGUUAGAGCACCCUGCUCCUCACUUACAUACAUCAAACCCGGCUCAUAUUGGCCAAUCUAUUGGCGGUGUCGGUCAUAAUGUAGCACUUGCAGCCCAGAGAGCCUUACAAACCCCUAAAGUGAGACUUUGUAGUAUGGUUAGUGAUGAUUUGGCUGGGUCAACCGUGCUAUCGUCUCUGAGGGCAAGCGGCAUGGAUACAUCUUGCAUCAAGCAACUUAGUCGCGAGCAUUAUCCAGCUAGUCGGACUGCUCAGUACAUAGCUGUCAAUGAUGCUAACAAGAACUUGGUCCUCGGUAUGGCAGACAUGGGCAUAUUUACGGCUCAGUCGUUUUCGGAAUCCUGGAAUUCUACGGUAAAAGAAUCCAAGCCCAAAUGGCUCGUAGUGGACGGGAACUGGGCUGAGCGUGACAUUCGAGCUUGGAUACGAGCUGGCAAGCAGAAUCAGGCUCACGUAGUAUUCGAGCCUGUCUCAAAGGAGAAAUCUACGAGAUUGUUCUGUAGAGAAAAAGGUCUUGAGAGUUUGGGUGUCUUUCCCAACCCUGGCGUUGAUUUGAUUACUCCUAACCAAUAUGAACUGGCAGCUAUGCACGCAGCUGCGCAGCGCAAUGAAUAUUUCGACGAUCCACUGUGGUGGGAGACUAUCGACGCUUUCGGCAUGAAAGGAGCUCGAGAUCGCUUUGUUAAAAUUACAUCUGUUGAUAUGACGGAUGCUGGUAUUCCACAACAGGCCAUACAACUUCUCCCGUAUAUCCCCACUAUCAUAACGAAGCUGGGGAGUCACGGCGCCUUGUUGACAGCGGUCCUGAGGAAGAACGAUCCUCGCCUGAUAGACCCGGCGUAUGAUAGGUUUAUUCUCACGAGAAGUUUCAAUGACCAUCCAGAAAUUGGAGGUGUCUUCAUGAGACUAUUUCCGGCGGCUGAACAGGUAGAGGACAUUGUGUCAGUGAACGGGGUUGGUGACACGUUUCUUGGUGUCUUAGUCGCAGGGUUAUCGCAAGGGGGCAAGGUUGAGAAUCUCAUCAACGUGGCUCAAAAAGGUGCGAUCUUGACACUUCGCAGCCAUCAGUCUGUAAGUGAGAAACUGGGGAUAUUAAGGGACGAACUAAUUGCUGCUGCUUCCUAA